AUGGGCACCAGAUUCGCCCCCAGCUAUGCCAAUCUCUUUCUGGAUCAUUGGGAGAACGAGGUGGUCCGCCCGAGUCUGGUGCUCUGGCGCCGACCGAUAACUGAAGAAACAAUAGAUGGAUCAUCCACCGACGUCUCAUCUCCAGAAGUCAAUGGAUAUCCUGUACUGCAGCCUCGUGGAAGGAAAGCAGAGGCCGUGGACCAGAUCCCUUCAGAGGAAUUUAAAUUUGCGGCGGACUAUCUGAUAGAGUUUGGCUACCUCCCCGAUGAGAACUUCACAGAUUAUGCUGUUCCUGACACUCCAUUAAUCCCAGAGGACCAGCUGCCAGAAGAGUUUAUCAGCGGACUGGAAUGGUUUCAGAGGCAGAAUGGACUAAAAGUCACCGGUAGAUUGGAUGAUGAAACCAGUGAAGCCAUGAAGCUGCCUCGUUGCGGCAAGCAUGAGCAGCGCAUGUCGUAUAAAGUGGGCUCCAAGUGGAAGAAAGAUACUCUAACUUACAAGAUCAUUAACACGACCGCUCUGCUACCAGACAAGCUCGUCAGAGAACAGUUAGUAAAAUCCCUGAAGGUCUGGGAAAGCGUGUCUUCUCUGAAAUUUGUUGAAGUGGACAUCAAUCAGACGGCUGACAUUGACAUGUUCUUUGUCUCCGGACUGCACAAUGAUGGAGCCGGUAAUGCCUUUGAUGGCCCAGGUCGUGUUCUAGGCCAUGCCUUCAUGCCACCAUCCAGCAAGUCCAAGAAAUCCAUCGAUGGAGACUUACAUCUUGAUAAUGAUGAGAAGUGGUCAAUCAAUGAAAAGAAAGGUGUGAAUCUUCUGCAGGCGGCUGCCCAUGAGCUUGGACACUCUUUGGGGCUAGAUCACUCCACCAUUCCUGGAGCUCUAAUGGCCCCAACUUACAAAGGCUACAAGCCCAUGUUCCAACUUCACAAGGAUGAUAUAGAAGCAAUCCAAGCUUUGUAUGGAAAGCCUCCAGUGAAGACCAACACAAGUGCUUCUUCCAUUCCAUCCUCAGGGGCCGCAAAAGCUGUGACACCCAGUGCUGGGAAGAAUGUUACUGGUGCCAAAGUUACAGAAGAAAAGAACGACCCGAAAAAGCAGACCAUAGUCAAGUUAUGUAACGAUGAUGCAAUUGACACUUUUGUAUCUACUAAGGAUGGCUCCAUCUACUUAUUUAAAGGUGAAUAUUUCUGGGAUCUUAGCCAUGGAAAACUACCAAUGACCCCAAAGAAGAAAUACCCACAACUGAUUUCUACAAAGUGGAAAGAGCUUCCAGCGUCCAUCGAUGCAGCCAUCAGAAUGCAAAACCCAAAGGCAGAGCAAGAUGGGAAAAUCUUCUUUUUCAAGGGAAAUAAGUACUGGAAAUACGACAACGAUAAAAUAGAAGCCGGAUAUCCAAAGCCGAUGAAAGAAGGAUUUCCGGGUAUUCCUGCCAAUGUUGAUGCUGCAUUCACCCAGCCUGCCAUUGUAGCGAAGGGAAACAAGGUUAUUCGGGAGGAGAGGAUUUUCUUUAUUAAAGGUAAAAAAUUCUACGUAUAUGAUCCAGUCGCCGGCAACAGCUCAAGUCCUCAGAUGCUACAAGACGACUGGCUUGGGGUGAAGCUUCCCAUCACUGCCGCCCUCAGCUUGAAGAAUGAGAUGUAUCUUAUCAGCAAAAAGAAGUUCCAGAAGAUCCUUCUGCUCACGUACUCCCAGAACCGGGUCUACGGCAACAUUCACCAGGCCAAAAAUCUAGAGCAGCUGAUUGUGUGUGAAACGACCAAAUGA